AACUCGUCAUUACUCAUGAAAACAAGAACUCCGUCCAAUCAUGCUCCAUUCUCUCUGCACAAAUUUACGUCCCAUAAAAACUCUUCCGCCAACAGAAUUCGCACUUUUCCUACACAAAUUCUCAACCAAUAAUACGAUGCAAUUUUCCAAACCUAUCCGCGCUGAAACAACGGUGCAUCAGGUGCCCGGUUUCUGUUCUGAAGAAAUCGACCGAAUAGCUGAACAGACGUUUCGGAGAUACACUGCUGAAUCAUUGCCCAAGAGGAAAGGCAAAGGGGUGGCCAUUGUUUGGUUCAGAAACGAUUUGAGGGUAUUGGAUAAUGAGGCUUUGCUUAUGGCCUGGGUUUCAUCGGAGGCUGUUUUGCCUGUGUAUUGUGUUGAUCCGAGGCUUUUUUCGACCACCCGUUACUUUGGUUUCCCUAAAACUGGAGGCCUGAGGGCACAAUUUCUUAUCGAGUGUUUGGCUGACUUGAAAAAGAAUUUGAUGAAGCUGGGUCUAGACCUAUUAAUUCAAAAUGGGAAACCUGAAGAAAUUCUUCCUUCACUUGCUAAGGCAUAUGGAGUCCACACUGUUUAUGCCCAGAAAGAAACAUGCAGUGAGGAGCUGAAUGUUGAAAGAUUAGUUUCCAAAAGUUUGCAGAAAGUUGUGCUAUCAUCAUCCAAAGGUCAAUCUGUUAAGCCAAAUUCUACAAAUAGCACUAAAUUGGAAUUGAUCUGGGGGUCUAGUAUGUACCAUAUAGAUGAUCUUCCAUUCAGUUGCAACUCUUUACCAGAUGUGUAUACUCAGUUUCGUAAGUCAGUUGAAUCCAAGUCCAAAGUGCGAAGUUGCAUAAAGAUCCCAACAUCACUCGGUCCGGCACCCAGCAUAAAGGAUUGGGGAUGUAUACCGGAAAUUACUGUUCUUGGGCUAGAGAAAGCGAAGGUUGGCAAAGGAUUGGCAUUUGUGGGAGGUGAAAGUGCAGCUGUCAGUAGAGUAUGCGAGUAUUUCUGGACUAAGAAUCUAUUGAGGACCUACAAAGAAACACGUAAUGGAAUGUUAGGACCUGAUUACUCCACAAAAUUUUCUCCUUGGCUUGCCUCUGGAAGCCUUUCACCUCGUUUUAUUUACGAAGAGGUGAAGAGAUUUGAAAGGGAGCGAGAAUCAAAUGAUUCAACUUACUGGGUUUUGUUCGAAUUGAUAUGGAGGGAUUACUUUAGAUUUCUAUCAAUCAAGCAAGGAAACUCUAUCUUUCAUGCAGGUGGUCCUCGAAAAGUGGAGGCUAACUGGAGCCAAAAUCCGACAUUGUUUGAUGCAUGGAGAAACGGUCAGACAGGGUAUCCUCUCAUUGAUGCAAACAUGAAAGAACUAUUGACCACUGGAUUCAUGUCAAAUCGUGGGCGACAGAUUGUAUGUUCCUUUCUUGUACGAGACAUGAAUAUUGACUGGAGAAUGGGAGCUGAAUGGUUCGAGACAUGCCUUUUGGACUAUGAUCCAUGCUCCAAUUACGGUAAUUGGACCUAUGGUGCUGGUGUUGGGAAUGACCCAAGAGAGGAUCGCUACUUCAGCAUUCCGAAGCAGGCACAGAAUUACGAUCCUGAAGGAGAAUUUGUGGCUUACUGGUUACCUCAGUUGCGGGUGCUUCCGAAAGAGAAAAGACACUUUCCUGGACUGUUGUACAUUAAACCCGUUGUUGCUCUCAAAUUUGGGAACACCAAAACAACGAAUAACAAGACAAUGGGAUCUGGAACAAGAACUACAGCAGACGAAAAUAGAUGGAAGGGGCGUAAAGGAAACAGAACACAAUAGCCUGCUCCUAACAGACCCGUCUCAGGUUACCAGAGAGGCAUCUUUAGGUGUGAGUUUGGAUAGAACAUUCCUCACAAGUUUAGAGCUUGGACAUCCCUGAUUGUUGUGCAAGGGUGUACAUAUACUUGCAAAUGCUUCUUGAAGAAUAAAAGAAUUGGGAAGCCAAUGAAGCGGUUAAGGUGUUGGGUUUGCUUGGUCAUUGUCGAUCUGUUGUGUAUAUAUACUCAUUUAUGUUGUCUUCAACACGUCUUCUUGCAGAUAUAACAAAUUUAUUUUUUGAUCAACACAAUUUUCAUAUAGUGGCUAUGAGACAUGAAUUUAGGUCUUUUGCUCAGUUCUAGUUUUAUGUUAACAAAUUGAUACAAGUGUUUUAAGUUGUUGGAAAUGUUACACUUGUUUUUAUUUUAAA